CUCCCCUCCUCCCGCUCCCCGCAGGGGUGUGGCCUGAGUGAGGAGACCGCAAGCUGCCCCUUCUCCCCUGUCUCCCCGGAUGACGAGUCGCUGGAUAACAUGGAGUCGGGCAAGAUGGCGCCUCCCAAGAACGCUCCGAGAGAUGCCUUGGUGAUGGCACAGAUCCUGAAGGAUAUGGGAAUCACAGAAUACGAACCAAGGGUUAUAAAUCAAAUGUUGGAAUUUGCCUUCCGAUAUGUGACUACAAUUCUGGAUGAUGCAAAAAUUUAUUCAAGCCAUGCUAAGAAACCCAAUGUUGAUGCAGAUGAUGUGAGACUGGCAAUCCAGUGUCGUGCUGAUCAGUCUUUUACCUCUCCUCCCCCAAGAGAUUUUUUACUGGACAUCGCAAGGCAGAAAAAUCAAACCCCUUUGCCACUGAUUAAGCCAUAUGCAGGACCUAGACUGCCACCUGAUAGAUACUGCUUAACAGCUCCAAACUACAGGCUGAAGUCCUUAAUUAAAAAGGGACCUAACCAAGGGAGACUAGUUCCACGAUUAAGUGUUGGUGCUGUUAGUAGCAAACCUACCACUCCUACUGUAGCGACCCCACAAACAGUGUCUGUCCCAAAUAAAGUUGCAACUCCAAUGUCGGUGACAAGCCAAAGAUUUACGGUGCAGAUUCCACCUUCUCAGUCCACACCUGUCAAACCAGUUCCUGCAACAACUGCAGUUCAAAAUGUUCUGAUUAAUCCUUCAAUGAUUGGGCCCAAAAAUAUUCUUAUUACCACCAACAUGGUUUCAUCACAGAACACGGCCAAUGAAGCAAACCCACUGAAGAGAAAACAUGAAGAUGAUGAUGACAAUGAUACUAUGUAAGGAAUAUAGUCUAGUAUAGAUGCAUUUCAAAAGGAAAGGUGGUUUUGAGCCAUGUAUAGUGAACUAGAAUAUUCUAGAUCUUCUUGUUUUACCUUAAAAGACUGAAACGUAGCUGCAGUAUUUUCAUAUUAGUUAAAACUGUUAGAUCUCUUUAGUAAACAUACAAAUGUGUUUGUCAAUUAGGCUUCAAUUACAAACAGUUAUGUACUUUUUUCUUAACAGUUUCAUAAAUGUUGAGUCCUAGUAUGGCAAUUCUAUUUUUGAGACACUUUUCUGCCUUCUAUCACUGACAGCAGCACUUAAGUUUCAGGUUCUACAGCCUGGCCGGCAGAUUUAUCUUUUAACAGCAUAAUCUCUAAUCUACAUUUAAAUACUACUUUAUUUUAUAAGGUAAUAUAGUCACUUUCAUUGUCACUAGCUUUAUUUUUACCAAUGUUUCAAUUUAGGAAACAUUUUUUGGAAAGGGUGGAUUUAGAGGAGAGAUUCUAAAUCCAUUUUGAAUGUGUUUGUUUCUUGGCCGCCUUUAACUCCCCAGCUCAACUCCAUUUCUAGAUCGCAUUCAUUUUCUGUACCUCCCCCAUAGGCUUCUCUCCAUUGCUCUUAAAUGUAAAAGGCCAUACCUGGAAUUUUAAAAAUAUCAUUCCUGGUAAUACAGCUCAGUGUCAUUUUCAUAUUUUUAAAACAUGCUCACAUGCCUAAUGUUUUGUAAUUCACUUCAACCUGAUGGUUUGCAUUUGCUGUUUUUCACUCUACGUCAGAGCAGUUGGGUUUUAUCCCUUAGUUUUUAUGCCUGUUGAGCUUUAUUGUGCUUUUGACAGGAGUUUUGGGUCAGUUACAUUCAGUUUUAGUCUUGUAUUCCAAGUUGAUAACUCUACCGUAUUUCACAUUUCUAAAUUUAACAGAGAUGCUGUAGCUUAAAAUCUGUUUUGUUAAGUAAUUACACUGGACCUAGGCAAAACCACUGAAGAACCAAGUGUUCCUUUUUACCACAUACUGUACAUAUGUUUUCAUCACUGCUGCUUGAGCCCUCCUAUUGAUAUAAUUCACAUCAUUUUUUAGCUUGUUGCUGAGGAUGUCACAUAUAAAAUAAGAUCAAACCUGAGAUAAGACACUAAUGGUUCUCCAUCCUCUAUAAGGCCAACAAGGAAAACAAAUUACUGUUAUAUGGCUUGCAUUUAGGUGCACUCUGCAUAGGUUUCCCAAUAAUAUUGUAAUGUUGUUGAACACCUUUCCCUUAUUUCCAUGUAUACACAUCAUAAAGUAGUACUGGGAAAGACGGCAAAGCUUUUUAGAAUAUAAACAGACCUGUUUUGUUUUUCUUAAGUUCAACAUACUUUUGCAGAAUUUUGUAAAAUAAAUGUUCAUAUCAUAAUUUAGAAUUUAUAGCCAAGGAUGCUCAAAACAGAAGUUUCAUCUUAGGAUAGUGUUUGAUAUAUCCAAGAAAAAGUCCAGUAACAGAGAAGAAAUGUCUCAUCAGUUUUAGUGUUUUUCAAUAUUAGGGAAAGGUAAUAUAAAAACAGGUAAAAUGUAUAAAAACAGACCUGAUCAACAUCAUAGGAGAUGAAUCUUCAUUAUAUAGCAUAGGAUAUCAUUACUUGAAUGUUCUCAGGGAGGCAAGUCAGAAGGCCUAGGUUCUAGUCCUAGCUCCAUCAUUUACCAACUGUGUGACCUUACUUCACCUGUUAGCCUUGUUCUCCUCACUAGUAGGAAAAUAACACCUACCCUGCCUACCUCACAGGGCUGUUGUGAGGGUUCAAUUGGUAUUAUGUGAAAGUUAUUUCAAAAUUGUGAAAUGCUAUAUGACUAUAAAGAAUUACUAAUGUAUUUGUUCCAAGGUUAUUAAUAAAAAUUUGAGCUUAUCAGUGCUCUUUCAUUUGUACUUAAAGGAUUCAAGAGAGAUUGAACAAAGCCCAGGAAUUCUGAUGGCCAAAAGCCAUUAAGAUUUGUUUAAUGGUUAAUUAUGUAUCAGGAAAUCACUUGCUUUUAUCUGGAAUCAGCAUGUGGCACAUCAUAGUGAAGCAAAUUGAAAAUGAGUAAAAGAUUAUGGGAUUAAAUCUGUUGUCCUUCA